AUGUUUGUGGAUGUAGGUCGCCCAGUUUUGGUAGAUGCAAAAUUUGAUAAAAUCGACGAAGCAUUUGAUCAUGAUGUGUUGAACAUGUUGGAUAUCGUGCAUCCUCGUACUCCAGAGUUGUAUUCACGCUUGCUUAACGUAACUGUGGAAUGUCGUCAUCGACUAACUAAUGUUGAAGCUUCGAAAUGCUUGGCUGGUCUAAUCAACAGAAUACAAGAUGAGAAUGAAGUCGAAGUGGAAGUAGGAAAGUGUCUUGAAAAGCUGGAUCCGUUGUUGGAAAAAGAUCGCACUGAAGACGAAAAGUGGAGAGCAACCAUUUCUCUCAUAUGGAUUUCUAAAGCGUUGCUGAUAAGAGGUCAUAAUCUGAGGCUGAAACUCGUUGAUAAGUUGCUUAAGUUAUUCGACGAUCAAGUCAUUGGUCAAUGCGCUGCGGAUGGUUUUUACGUCAUCAUGUUGGAUUCUGAUGACGUAAUGGUCAAUGCGUCGUAUGCAAAUAUGAAGCUCAUGUAUAAGCAGAGAAUAUUUGUUCAAGUUUCGCCCCAGCUUACUAAUCUAUUUCAUUCAAGUAGAAAAGAAACGAAGCAUCUAUAUCUAUGUGCUCUUUCUCACAUAAUGAACGGGCUUCCAAAACAGGUGUUACUCAGCGAAAUACCAACGUUAUUUCCAUUACUGGUUCAAUCUUUGUCAUGUGACGAAAGCAGCAUCCAAUUGUCCACUCUGAAGACUUUUUAUUCCCUGACGCACGAGCUGCCCACAGUUUUAUCGCAGUAUGUGACGUCACUCGUACCCAGGUACUUACACUUGGCGAGGAAUGCACCAUCCUUGCAAAUGCGUUCUAUGUCUUUAAAAUGUCUCGGUGGCGUAUCUGGGGCUUAAAUCCCGCAUUCUAGCUUAUCGUCGUAAAUGAAGUUUUUGGGGGGCUGCGCGUGGAAAGAUUGGGACUAGUUGAAUUGUUGGCUUCAAAUUUUGGCGACAGAUUAGUCAUUUCCUGUCGCACCUGUCUCAUAUUGCUUGUGAUUGUAACACUUUCCUUUUUGUUAAAGAAUCGUUGUCAACCGCAAUGCAACGCGCUCUCCAUCGAUCUUCACGGCCAUUUCUUGGUUGAAUAAAUAGACAAACGUUGUUUCAGUUUGUACUCCGUGGAUAUUCCAUAAAUCUUUUGUGAAUGUAUAAAAAUUUGUGCCGUUUUGGGAUGAAAAAGUAUUUUCAGUA